AUGGUUCUGGAACUACACGUCUGGGGUCCUGCGUUCGGCCUGCCUUCGAUCGAUCCGCAAUGCCUGGCGACCAUAGCCUACUUCUCCCUUGCAGUCGGACAGAAGAAUAGCGGACCAGAAGAAGAAUGGGUGGUGGUUGCGGAUAGUGACCCUGGAAACGUACCGACACAUGAACUGCCAGCACUGUGGACCGGGACAAGAUGGAUAAGCCGGUUCCGAAAUAUCGUUGACUACUUGAAGCAGUAUUCCAAUGGAGAGUGGGAUCUGGACGGGUUGAUGAGCGAGAAGGAAAAAGCUGAUUGUGCUGCUUUCUCGAGCUUUGUCGAAUCCUAUGGACAGCCGUUAAUUGACCUGUCGUUGUAUGUUUCGAGCGAGAAUUACUAUGCGAUCACCUCACCUGCUUAUGGAUCCCUCCUGCAGUGGCCGAAUCAGUGGAUACUACCACCUCGACUCCGGACCAUGGCGAAGACCAGGACAGAACACCUCGGCCUCUCCUCUCUCGACCUAGACGCUGCGGAGGAAGAGCAGCAGGAGAAGGCAAGCGGACGACAGCCACCGUCUGCCUCGAGCCAGAUACCAAAGAGCCUGGCUACGAAAUCUCGCGAGACGAUAAGCGGUCUGCUAAGUAAGACGUCGCAGCAGAAUCGAAUCAGGCUAGACGGCAUCACGGAAGCAUUCGUAGGCCCGCUGGAAGAGCUGCUGGGCGGGAAAGGGUAUCUGUUGGCCGACAAGACUCCCUGUAGUCUAGACUGUUUGGCGUUGGGAUAUCUGUCGCUGGCGAUAGUCCCCGCCGCGCCCUCUCCCUGGCUGAGAGAAGGCGUGCAUAAAUAUUCACCACGGCUGGUGCGGUAUUUUGACCAGCUGCGAUUAAAAUGCUACGGCGGGGACAUUGAAUCAAUCGAGACUGUUCAAGGAACCGGGUCUGCCGGGGUUGGAACUACUGCAUUGCCAUGGCAGGCGUCUGAGCCGGCCAGCAUCGCAGGGAUUGCCUUCCGCGUCGCAGAGAGUCUGGCAGAUGCGGUGCCAAUGGUGAGAGAGCUUCGAGCCAGCAGGCGCUUCCAGCAGCUCAGCAAGGACAUGGACUCCAAGGCCGAACAAGAGGCCAUGCUGGUAAUUGCCAGGGUCAAACGACGGGAAGCCAUCGCAUCCACGGCGACGGUGGUAGCUGGUCUUGGGAUGCUUGUCUGGUAUCUCCUAGCAGGGAUGAAGGCCCUUAUCUGCGGUAUUAUCACGCACUCUCCCUCCCCUCCAUGCCUCCUGCGCUGCUCUCUGGCUCUCUCGGUGCUUUUUCCUACUGGCCUUGCGCUUGGCCAAUCGCGCAUCCCUGUCCCCCGGGCGCGCAGGGUGGCCAAGGCUUCUUUACCGCCCCGUGAUUGGACACGUGAUGAUGAGUCAGCAUGGUUCUGCCAUCCUUGCGCGCAAGGUCCUCAUGCAUGCUUUUUUCCCUCGCCCGCGCCUGCGUCUGUCAACAUCGAUAUCAUAGGACACACACCGGAUACACCACACAGAGGAAGACACACACGGACGACAGAUACAGAGGAAGACGACGGCGAAGUCACAGCAGAUAAGACAGCGAAGACACGACGAAGAGACGACAGACUACGGCAGGAUGAUAUCCUCGCAGAGAUAGCCGACGAUCCCUCCCAUCGAGCACUCGUACUCCUCGACGACUCCCUCCCACCGUCCCCGAGUACCCCCUCCUUCGCCUCCUCCUCAUCCCUCGACUUGCUUGGUAUCACAGACUCGUAUCGCCCUCAACACACAUCUGCUUCAACUUAUAAGAUUAUAUACUCUAUCAGGAAAGAAAUCAUGGACCAGCUACUGGCUUCCACUCUUGCAAGGCGAGUUGCCGCAGAGGGGGAUGCAGCCUUUGUGGCCUGCAACACUGGCAAUGAGUAUAACGGCCAGAUCAACCUGAGGAUUUCUGCCAUCUUCGUCAUCCUCAUUGGGUCUAUGGGCGGCGCUGUCUUGCCCGUCUUUGCUCGACAUGAUCCCAACUCAACCUCCAAAUACAAGCUUCCCUCUUGGGUCUUCUUCAUUGCCAAGUUCUUCGGCUCGGGGGUCAUCAUCGCUACCUCCUUCAUCCAUCUGCUAGCCCCUGCACACGAAGCACUCUCCCACCCUUGCCUGACAGGCCCCAUCAAGGAAUAUCCUUGGGUCGAAGGCAUACUGCUCAUGACCAUCAUCGUCCUCUUCUUCGUCGAGCUCAUGGUCAUUCGAUAUGCUCGUUUCGGCCAGGAUGACCACGAUCACCCCAAGGCAGAACCACAGGUUGAGAAUGGUAUAACCACCGCCGAGCCCAAGCCAUCCGGCGGCCAUAACCAUGACCACCUUGGCCACUCCCGUGAUCAUCCAUCAGACGGCGGCUCCGAUGUCGUCGAGGCCGCCCACACAACCCUGCUGGAAGACUUCAGCGCACAGCUAACCUCCGUCUUCAUCCUCGAAUUCGGCAUCAUAUUCCACUCCAUCUUCAUCGGACUCACCCUCGCCGUCGCCGGGGAAGAGUUCAAGACACUAUACAUCGUCCUCGCCUUCCACCAGACCUUCGAGGGCCUUGGUCUCGGCUCACGUCUCGCCACGAUCCCCUGGCCCAACUCAAAGCGACACACCCCUUACCUCCUCGCCAUCGCCUUUGGCCUAUCAACCCCCAUUGCCAUUGCCGUCGGCCUGGGUGUUCGCAACAGUUACCCUCCAGAAGGCCGCACCACACUCAUCGUCAAUGGCAUCUUCGACUCCAUCUCCUCCGGCAUUCUCGUCUACACCUCACUAGUCGAGUUGAUGGCCCACGAGUUCAUGUUCAGCACAUCAAUGAGACGAGCACCCAUCCGAACUGUAUUGUCCGCUUUUGGUCUACUGUGUAUGGGAGCCUUGUUGAUGGCUCUGCUUGGGAAAUGGGCAUAA